AUGGGCAUCCAAGGCCUUCUGCCGCUCCUCAAAGAUGCUUCUCUCCCCAUCCACAUUUCCUCCUAUUCCGGUCGCACACUCGGCAUCGACACCUACGUUUGGCUCCAUCGUGGUGCCUACGGUUGUGCACGCGAGAUCGUCCUAGGCGACCCCGCUCCACGCUACAUCUCCUACGCGCUGUCCCGUAUUGGUAUGCUACAACACUUCGGUAUCAAACCAUACCUCGUUUUCGACGGCGACAAACUCCCCGCAAAAACCCAUACCGAAGACGAUAGAGAAUCGAAACGCUCUGAAAACCUCGCCCGUGCACAGCAACUCGAAGCAGAAGGAAAACUUCAGCAAGCUCGAGACCUCUACGCCAAGUGCGUAGAUAUCACCCCUGAAAUGGCCUACCAACUCAUUAAAGUGCUGAAAGAGCAAGCGAUACCCUAUCUUGUAGCGCCGUACGAAGCAGAUGCACAACUGGCCUAUCUGGAGAAAUGCGGUGCCAUCGAUGCCGUUCUAACCGAAGAUUCCGACCUGCUAGUCUUUGGAUGCAACACGGUGCUCUUUAAGCUCGACCAAGCUGGAAACGCAGUGGAAAUCAAGCAAGAGAGGUUUUGGACAAAUAGGCAGAUAACCUUUUCAGGGUGGACAGCGGUCGAGUUUAGACAGAUGGCCAUCCUCAGUGGCUGCGACUAUUUGCCCAGUAUAGUGGGGAUGGGGUUGAAAAACGCACACCGGUUGUUGAGAAGGCAUAAGACGGUGGAUAAGGUGCUACAGGUAAUUAGGCUGGAGGGCAAGAUGAGGAUUCCUCCGACCUAUGCGAGCGAGUUUAGAAAGGCGGAAUUGACCUUUGUUCAUCAGAGGGUUUUCGAUCCGACCAGUAGCAAGGUGGUCACGCUUACGCCCUUGCCCAGUGGCACGCAUGAUGAUAUGCUGCCCUUUAUUGGGGCUCAUAUUGAGGAUGAGAUGGCGAGAGCGAUUGCAGAUGGCAUCAUUGAUCCUAUUACAAGGGAGAGGAUAUUGGAUAGAGUUCCCAGGUUGGGGAUGAGGUGUUCGAGUGCGAGUAAUCUCACUGCCAGCUCGAGUGGGUUGAAUACCUUGCAUAGGAGUACCACUGCUCCCAUAAGCUUGGGCGGUGGAUCUGGGCUGGCGAGCAGCAGCUUUGAUAAGUCCUCAGUGAGUACAGGGUCGGGAGCGUUGGGAGGAGGAGGCAAGAAAAAGGUGGUUAGUAAAGAAACUGGCUUGCAGAGUUUGAAGAUCUUCUUUGGUGCUCCGAAGAGCAGAGAGAAGAACGAAAAGACGGAGGAGGAGAGAAUCGCGCUGGCUCCUCGUGAUACCAAUCGACCUUGGCAGCCCUCCCCACGGCCACCCUGCCAGCCGGUAAAAGAGGUGAAGGCAACACAGAGCAAGCUCUUCACUCGUUCCAACACCACCCCUCACCCCACUACGGUAUCCAAGACGCCGAAAGUCAGGCAAGACCAUGCAUACCUCCACCUGGGAGGCCAACUGACACCACCGAAAGCCAACGACUCAGGGUAUUGGCAAGACGAGUGUCAUGAUCUGCACGACUUUGUUCGGUCUAGUAGUCCUCCGCAGAUAGAGCUCAAGGAGUCACAGCCGAUUGUUAUGGAUACUCAGCAGCUGUGGCUUGCGAGCAGCACAGCGGAUAUUGGAGAGGUACGGGAGGCGAGUGUCGCUCCAACGCAAUCCGUGCAGAGUAGAGGUGCCUCUGGGGAGAGUGGGACGAGUGCGGUGGUGGUUGUACCUCAGACACCGACGAGGAAAAGAAUGAGGUCGGAAGAGGCGGCGCCGGUGCUUUCGUCGCCAGAGAGUGCGAUGGAGAGCGGGUUUAUUUCUUCCCCUGCUUCGAUCGUUUGUGGUCGUGGAGAUAUUCCAGCUUACAGAGGGAACGGGAGAGAAGAAGAGGAGGAAGAGGAAGAGGAGUUUACUCUGCCUAGCUCGCCGUUGUUGGAUGAGAUGGUGGUUGAACCAGUUACGCCCUUGACGGCCAAGAGUAAACCGAUGCUUGAUACGAGUACCAGUAGGUCUAAAUUGGAAGCAUUCCGAUAUGCUUCAGCGACUCCUCAACAUCAGCACCAGCAGAAGAAGCGAGUGGAGAGAGGGAGAGCAACGCUGCCGAGGAGGGCCACCGAGUUGGCUACUCGCUCAGCUGGUAAACCGGGCGCCUCGCCUUCUGUUCUUAAACUUGCUUCCCGGGCAAGCAUCAGCACACCAGCAGGAGCGGGGAGUGCGAGGUUUAGGCCGGGUAAGAUGCUCAAACAAAGCCCCACUCUGCUUUUGCGCGAGGAAGAAGCAGCAGGCGCAGGCGAGGGGAGCGCAGGGGAUAGGAGCCAAGUUGCAGGCUUGUUUGACAGGUUUAGGUUUUCCGAGCCUGUGGAGCAGGUAACGGGUGCAGCGCAGGCGGGGGGAAGUGGGAAGAGGCUCUUAUCUUUCUAG